AAUUCAGUAUAAAUAUCGACUUCAUCCAAAUAAUUUACUAUCAAUUACCAUUUUCAGUUCUUAAAAAUUUAAUCAGAAAUUUUUAAGCAACUUUGGCCGCUAAGAUGAAAUUGAUAACAAUUAUCUGUUUGGCCAUAUUGUUGGUCUUGGGAGUGGGUGCAACGACUCCAACGAAUCCAACCUCUCCAACAACACCCACAACCAGUCAACCUCCAGAUGGUACACCCACAACCAGUCAACCUCCUGAUGAUACACCUCCUGAUGAUACACCUCCUGAUGAUACACCUCCUGAUGAUACACCUCCAGAUGAUACACCUCCUGAUGAUACACCUCCUGAUGAUACACCUCCUGAUGAUACACCUCCUGAUGAUACACCUCCAGAUGGUACACCUCCAGAUGGUACACCUCCAGCCGGUACACCCCCAGACGGCACACCUCCAGCCGGUACACCCCCAGACGGCACACCUCCAGCUGGUACACCUCCAGACGGCACACCUCCAGCUGGUACACCCCCAGAUGGCACACCCCCAGAUGGCACACCCCCAGAUGGCACACCUCCAGACGGCACACCGCCAGACGGCACACCUCCAGCUAGCCCACCUCCUAGCCCAGCAACUCCACCUAGAAGACCUGCAAGAAGGCCUGCAAGGAGACCUCUAAGGAGACCUUUCAGAAGACCUUCAAGGCGACCCUCAAGAAGACCAGGCAGGAGACCUGGCAGAAGACCUGGCAGAAGACCUGGCAGGAGACCAGGAAGGAGGCCAGGCAGGAGACCCGGCAGGAGACCAGGCAGCAGACCAGGAAGACGACCUGGAAGGAGACCAAACAACAACAGGGGAAGCCAAAACCAGAAUGGCAACAAUAGAAAUUAAAUUUCUGAAAAGCAAUAAAAUUCUAUAACAGUAAAUAUUUAUAGAUAAUGUUGCAAUAAAAGAUUCACAUUGAGCAAAUACAUAA